GAUAUUUCUACAGCCGUGAGAAAAGUGGCGUGAGUCAUUACUUUCGGGUCAGGACAUUGUCACCAAUAAUAAUAUAUCAGCUAACAGCAAGGCAUAGCCACAUACUGUGGUACUCUGUAACCAUUGUAGUCGUGUAAUCAUUCAUUUCAAGUUUACUUUUCAAGCUUCUGAGAUGGGCAGCCUCACGAACUAUAAUUUGCAGAUCCCUUAUGCAAUUUUCUUCUGUCUUAUCCUUUAUUGCUGCUGCCCUUUUCCUCAACUUAGUGAAGCUGCUGCAACGACUGAUCCGAAAGAAGCUUGCCUGUUUGUAUUGUCGAUAGUCGAGACGCUCAAAGUAAUUGCAAGCAAAAUGAAGAUUUCGAAAUGGAACUUCAAUUUGGAUCCGUGCAACAAUGAUGAUACAAAUUGGUAUACACUUUCUGACACAGAUGGCCCGCUUGGGGUCAUGUGCAGCUGUGUUUUUAAGCGAAACACUACUUGCCAUGUCGUUAAGCUAAUAGUGUUGUAUGAAGAAUUGCAAGGGAUUGUUCCCCCUGAAUUGGCUAAUCUUACCUACUUGCAAAGCAUUGACUUGAGAUACAAUUUUCUGAGCGGGUCGAUUCCUGCAGCUUUAGGCUCACUAUUGCGCCUUGAGUAUCUGUCGCUUGGGCAAAAUCGUUUAACUGGUGAAGUUCCAAAGGAAUUGGGGAAUCUUACUAAAUUGAUAUCUCUGAGUUUUGAUACGAAUAGUAUAUCGGGAACGCUGCCGCCACAGCUUGGGAAUUUGACAAAUCUGGAACAACUCUAUAUGCGAAGCAAUCUAAUCAGUGGAACAAUACCUUCAACGUUUUCCAAUUUAAAGAAGUUGAAAACACUUUGGGCAUCUAGCAACAACUUCACCGGAAAACUUCCAAAUCUUAUUGGAAACUGGACUCAACUUGAGGACUUGAAACUGGAAGGCACUUCUUUUGAAGGGCCAAUUCCUUCAACCCUAUCAAAUUUGACUAAAUUGACUAGUCUUAUCCUAUGCGAUUUACCUAAUGGUGGCACAUCCCUUCCAUUCUUACGAAAUCUAACGAAUCUCAAAACACUAUUUUUAAGAAACAAUAAUAUCUCUGGACAAAUUCCUGAAUACAUUGGAGAAUUGGACGAACUCCAGAUGCUGGAUUUGAGCUUUAACAAUUUGAGAGGACAAAUACCAGAUUCCUUGAGAAAUUUGAGCUCUUUGAAAUACUUGUUUCUUGGUAGCAAUUCUUUAACAGGACCACUCCCUUCAUGGCUCAAUGUAGCUGGUAGAAAAGUAGAUUUGUCAUACAACAACUUUUCAGGGUCAAUUCCAGUGUGGUUUAAUGGCCAAAAUCUAACCAUAAACUUGAUUGGAAAUUUAUUGGAGAGCAACGCAACAAAUCAAAGACCAUUGGCUUGUCUCCAAAGAAGCUUUCCAUGUCAUAAAGGAAAACCAAAGAUUUCUUCCUUGGCCAUCAAUUGUGGAGGUCCGAAGAUGGUUGAUUCUUCAACGAGAGUUCUUUUUGAGAGUGAUAACGAAACACUAAGUGCUGCAUCAUUCUAUAUGAGUUCUGAAGAGAGCUGGGGAGUUGGUUCAGUGGGAUUUUUUGUAAAUAGUUCAGGUUUAAGCAUUGAAAGAAGUGACCAAUAUAAAUACACAGCAAAUGCCAAUCAAAACCCAUCGAUAUAUCAAACUGCACGUCUUUCUCCCAUUUCCCUGCGAUACUAUGGACUUGGUCUUGAGAAUGGCAUAUACAGUGUAGAACUCCACUUUGAUGAAAUCCAGAUUCCAAGUGGACAAGUCUGGCGAAGUCUUGGAUUGCGUUUCUUUGACGCCUUUGUACAGGGAACUCGAAAGUUGCGAAAUUACAAUAUCAAGCAGGCCGCUGGAGACUCAAACGUUGCAAUUAUAAGGACUUUUAAUGUCAACGUGACUGAAAACAUCCUUGAUGUGCAUCUUUUUUGGGCUGGGAAGGGAACUUUUGGCAUACCGUCGGACUGGACGCGUGGACCUCUACUGUCAGCAAUUAGGGUUAUUCCUCAAUUCAAGGCAACAAUUGGCAUUGGAAGUUCCAGCAACCACAGCCGAACAAGAUCCACUGGAAUUAUUAUUGGAGUUGUUGUUGGGGUUGGCGUUCUACUAUGCUUAUUCUUAGUGGUUUUAAGAAACAAGAGAAGGAAUAGAAAAUUUUCUUCAGCCGAUGAUAGCGAAGAUUUGAAGAGUAUGGCUGGAAAAGCUCAUCUUUUCAGUUUAACAGAAAUGAAAAUAGCUACAAAUGAUUUUGAUAUUGAAAAUAAGAUAGGGGAGGGCGGGUUUGGGGCAGUUUAUAAGGGUGUCCUACAAGAUGGAAUUCUUGUGGCAGUAAAGAAGCUGUCGUCCACGUCUGGUCAAGGAAAACGGGAAUUUCUAAAUGAGGUAGCCACAAUAUCUGCUGUGCAACACCGGAAUCUCGUCAAACUUUAUGGGUGUUGUAUUGAAGACGAAGAGCGACUCUUGGUCUAUGAAUAUUUGCCCAACAACAGUCUUGGGCGAGCUUUAUUUGGUUCUAAUCGAUCUAAGCUAAGCCUUGAUUGGCCUAUACGGUUUAACAUUUGCCUUGAAGUUGCACGUGGGUUGGCAUAUCUUCAUCAAGAAUCGAGAAUUAGAAUUAUACAUCGAGACAUUAAACCAAAUAACAUCCUUCUAGAUGAAUAUUUAAAUCCAAAAAUAGCUGAUUUUGGAUUGGCGAGGCUCUAUGAUGCUGCGAAAACUCACAUCAGUACUCGAGUGGCAGGAACAAUCGGAUAUCUAGCUCCCGAGUAUGCUUUGCGUGGACAUCUCACGGAGAAGGUUGAUGUUUUUAGCUUUGGAGUAGUUGCUCUAGAAGUUGUUAGCAACAGAAGUCAUGAAGACAGGAACUUGCCAGAUGAGAUGGUCUAUCUUCUCGAUUUGGCCUGGCAACUGUACGAGGAAGGGAGACUUCUAGAAUUGGUUGAUACCAGCAUUCUUUCCAGUUGCUACGCAGAAGAUGUUGUGAGAGUGAUUCACGUGGCUCUUUUAUGUACACAGGCAACUCCCACGCAACGACCUUCAAUGUCACAGGUUGUUGCCAUGCUAGGAGGGGCAAUGGAAAUUAAUCCACCACAAUGUCGCCCUGGAUAUAUCAAAGACUGGCAGCUUACAGGACAGAAUGGCAACACUACAAGCAGGGGAGAUGGCAAAUCGUGGACAUGGAGCAUGAGCCUGACAAUGGAGGAUAGAUCAGACAACUUGUAACAUAAAUAAAAUUCAAGAACCUUUAUCUGCACCUCUGGAGUUGACUUUGCAAUACCUUUCUAAAGUUUGAAAGUUUGAUCUUCUGUUGGUAGAAAUAUUCCUGUUAGUCUAGGCAACCAAUGAACCUGUUUCAUGCCAUGGUGUGAUGAUAUUAUUUUAGAGAUGACCCCACGUAGAUGAAAAAAUAACCUUUAGAUGUGAGCACCUUGAUGAUGCCUAUAAAUUAGAGCACAAUGAACAUGUAUAGUAUGUAACAACUCGUGAUACAUAUGUCUUAUAAUGGCACAUAUUUAAUUUGAUUAUGGUUCAGUUCAA